UUUUAUAAUUCUUCUGUUUUCAUGUGUUCAAUUUCAAGCCAAAUCUCUUCUUUUGACUUUAUGAUAUAAAUUCUAGCAAUGACAUAUUCUACUACAUAUAUUCUUUGAGGUAUAGUAACUUAACAUUUAACCCUGGACAUUACAUUUCAUGUUCCGUAUGAAUCACCUUAUAUAUCCUUUAAGAGUAAACUUUUUGGCCUCACGGUCACACCGCUUCUAAGAAUCGCCUGACAGAGACAAAAUUGAUAGGUUGUCUUCAUCUCCUCUUUCUUCCCUCUUUUCUCCUCAUCUCAUCUACCCUUUUCAAACCCCUUCUCUUUCAUUUAUUGAUUUCCAAGAGGCUAAUAUUAAUAUUUGUUUGGGAAAAGAAAGUAAAACCGAAGAAUAAAUUAAGAGAAAAUAAAGAGAUGGGUAGAGUAAAGCUCCAGAUCAAGAGGAUAGAGAAUACAACUAACAGGCAGGUCACUUUCUCAAAAAGAAGAAAUGGGCUCAUCAAGAAAGCUUAUGAACUUUCUGUUCUCUGUGAUGUUGAUGUAGCUCUUAUCAUGUUUUCCCCGUCUGGAAGAGUUAGUCUCUUCUCUGGAAAUAAAAGCAUUGAGGAGAUUCUGGGACGGUAUGUCAAUCUUCCAGAGCAUGAAAGAGGAAGGCUGCGUAAUAAAGAGUUUCUAAUAAAGGCACUUGGAAAGCUAAGGGAUGAAGCCGAUCAAACCCACCAAGCAGCCAGUCCAGUGAGCAUUGAUUCCCAACUUGAGGAGUUCCAACAAGAGAUCGUUAAAUGCAAGUCCCGGAUUGUGGAUAUGGAGAAACGACUAAGGAUAUUUGAUGGUGAACCUUCCGAAAUCACAACGUUGAGUCAGGCUGAGUACCACGAGCAGAUCCUAGAGGAAACACUGAAACAAGUGCGCCUGCGCAAGCAAGUUUUACAGGAAAAAUAUAGUUCUCCUGGUCCACCACCAACCGUACAGGUACAUCUUCCUUCAGACACUGCAGAAGUAAGUGGUUUUGUUACAGGAAGUUCAAGUAGUAUCUUGGAUUGGAUACCCCAAAGAGACCCACAGGUUCAUAUUUUGAACUUUUUGGAUUCAAAUGGUCUUCUUCCUCCAAGGGCUCAGUCACAACCAGUUGCUGAAAAUAUCUUACCACCACAAUCGACGACUGUCCUUCAUAGAGAAGAAAUAAACGUUGACGAUCAGUUGAGCCCCAGAAGUGGUUUGGGGAACGACAAAACUAUGCAACGUCCUGAGUUCGGACAAGUUAUUGAUGUCAACUUGUCCCCUUGGACUGAACUCUAUCCUGCAGGGAAUGAUCAUAUUCCAGAUGGGCAGCCAGGAGGACGAGCGCUCCUCGAAUUAUACUUGUCUCAGUUUACACCCUCAGCCAUCUCGACAAUGAAUCAACACCAGACAUGAUUCCGUAGUGGCGUAGUGUAUCCAUGUUUUUCUUUUUUUUGCUGGGUUUCUUUAAGAUUUGAUGUUGGUGAGUGAAGGUAGUACUGCCGUGGUGUCGUAUUUCUUUGAGAUUAUGUGCUUGCUAAUUUGUUUAAUCUUUCGAUUAAAAAAGAACAAUAAGAUUAUUAUUUUUCAUGUUUUCAAUACGUCAAAGCCGUUUUAUAGAGCUAAUUCGACCACAGUCUCUUGGCCCAGUGGUUCGCAGGCCUUGAAUCGAUUCAUGUCU